GUGAGAUAGUACUAAUAAAACCAGGGAUUUUUGAUAUUGUGGGGAAAAUGCUACAAUUCCCUAAACUCCUGCAGGUGCUGUGCAUCGUUUCGUUGUUUUUCGCAUCGAACGUGAAUGUGUUUGCACAGCAGCUCGACGAUGGAAAAGAAUUUGAAGUGGACAAACCACCGGUCCCCGUCGUCAAGCCUAGCGACAGUUCUCUCCUGGAUGAUUAUGUUAACUGUCCUCCAGAUGAUGUACAGGCGGAAGAACCUGAAUCUGUGUCAGUAGAUCCACCAAUGGAACAAGCUGUACCGCAGCGGAAAAAGUUUGACGACUAUGCUCUUCCCGUGAAGGAUGCGAACGAUCGCCCGAUAAGGCUCACGGGGAUGCGACCAAGGGACCCGUUUGAUGAGGUUACGCUUAUGGACGACAAAGAGGACGCUGAGUUGCUUGAUAUGACGAAAAAUAUGUCAAUUGGUGAAGUGGGACGAGUGUUUGAGACUAUCGCCGAUUCACAGGAAGCUUCCGAUGACGAUGAGCCUCAACAAAAGAUCGAAGCUAAAAGCGAGCAGAUAGUUGAGGAUGUGAUCGAGAACGGUGAUACUAUUCACGUUUCCCAGCAGCUACCGAAAGUGCCGAUCCAUGUUGUUGUGCAUGAUUCUGCAAUCAACACCGAGACUCACACAGAAAAUGGACCUUUGAAAUAUCUGGAAGCUGAAACCCUAUACAACCUGGUGGAAGGUGAGACAAGAGCACAAGGAUUGAAAAAAUUCUUAAAGCAGCAUCCGGAGGAAAUUAUUCUGGAAUCACCCAACUACCCAAACCCGUACCCAAAUGAAGUCAAUGAUAUGCGAAACUUCUCCGUGGACGGAGGACGUGGCGUGCAGAUCACAAUUCACGAUCUAGAUCUAAACCCCACCACCGACUUCCUGUACCUCCGGGCCGGUAAAAUGGAGGACGUUGACGAGGAGGGUCCUGUCCUAACGGGCACGUAUCAGCAGCCACUACGGUUUCUCAUCCCUCAGACAACCUUCUUCACGAUCCAUUUCGUCGCUCAGCAGAACUCUGACGUGGAACAGAAGCACCGAGGCUUCAAGUUAACGUACGCUCCGUUCGGAGAGGUGAACUCUCCGACGACACCGACCACAACCGAGGCGAUCGUGCCGCAGGAAGAGCUCCAGUGGGCGUCGAAGGAGAUCGUCAUGACACCGGAGUUGAUGGAAAUGCCGAGCACAUGGGAAGAGAUUAAGGUGGCGCUGUCGAACGCCAGCAAUCAAUACAUCGAGAACCACAAUCUAACGUAUAUGCCAAGUCGUCCAUUCGAUGUUAAGUUGCUGGCCCGCAAGUGCCCUGACACCUGGAGGAACUUCCAGAACUGCGUCACACUCGAGUUUGCCGUGCCAUUGCGCCCGAUUUUCUAUGAACCGUCGGAGGAUGACGAAGGGAUGGACUUUGGCUUUGGUAACAAAUUCUUGCAGAAGGGUUUCAUAUCGAUCUCAACCACCGAAGCCACCGGGCCACGGUACGAGCUGGACGUGGACAAUUUGAACGCGAUGUGGGACGAGAUUGGCCAAAUGGAAGUCCAACGAGCAGGCUACGAGUUGUAUAUUAUGCCCGAAAACAGCCGCGUAUUGCUGACGUGGAUCGGCAUCAGUCUGGCGAUCGUGUGUACGUUCCUGUUCGUGCUGUACAUGAUCUGGAAGAUUGAUAUCUUCAAGGAUUACCGCAGAAUUUCCCGCACGAAUCACGGUGUUUCGAUGGACGACGACAAGAACGAGCUGAAAAAGAAAGAGUUCGACAUUUCGAUGUUCCCGUCGCCGCAUCAAGUGGUGCCGACGUUUUUCCCAACAGGCGAUCCCUACAACGCAGCGGACGCCGAAGCACAGUACGCGUACGAUAACACCACGAUGAGCCAGUGGCCGGAGGACUUCAACGAACCCAGGUAUCCCGAGACAUCGUUCAGUAGCCCCGGCCAUCAGGCGCUUGGCAAUCAGCGAACCGGUCCGACUCGCCCAUACGAACCCGUCUCACCGAUGGACUUGUCACCCGCACCGGUCGACUUUAAUGACUCGCCUCGACCGAUGCGUUCCUCGGCCGGUGGUAGGAAUAAUCCAUUUUUAUCACCUCGCGGAGGACCUCGGACGUCCACGGGGAAUCCGCCACCACCGCCACCGCCACCCGUUUUGAGGUAAUAAACUGCGGCGCAACGGUUAAUUAAAAAUAUGCGAAACAACCCGACGUCGCCGCGCGCAAACCGUGCGGACCAGGAGCGGACUCAAAGGGGCCCAAGGUAUUAGAGCACGGGGAAGCGCGAGAGCGAAAGGGUUAAUAAAACUUCAUAAAAUAAAAUA